AUGACUCGUAAAGUUCCUUUAGCGAUCAAGAAGUCAGUUAUUGAAUCCGAUUCAAAGGGCAUUAAAGCCACUAAGAUCGCUGAAAUUUACAAUUUGAAUGUUAAUACAGUUCGUGGUAUCUUGAUGAGAUACAAAAAAACUGAGUGCCUGGAAAAACCAACCGGUAAAAGACCAAACAAACUGAGUCAAGAAAUUGUUGAUGAUUUGCGAUCAUGGUUCGAUACGGAUUGUACCAUUACUCUGUCUGAAGCCAAGGAUAAAUUGUUUGAAAAAUAUGAUGUUAAUGUGUGUAUCCAAACAAUCAAAAAUUAUUUGGAUAAAAUUCAUUUUUCAUUCAAAAGGAUUAGCUUGGUACCCGAAAGACGAAAUGAUCCACGUGUUGUUCUGUGUAGGAAAAUCUAUGCAAUGGAAUUUAUGCGUUUAUUUGGAUCGAGAGAUGUUUUUUUUCUUGGUGAAACUGAUAUAAAAGUUCAUACAAGGGUUAACUAUGGAUGGUCGAGGCAAGGUGAAAGAGACAAUGUUAAUGUGAAGACAAUUAGAUCGAAAGAUUUUUCAGUGGGUGCUGUAAUGGAUCAUUCUAGGCUCUACUUCUAUGAGACCAAGGAGAAAAGUUUCAAUACAGAACUUCCUAAAGAGUUCAUUAAAAAGUUCAUUGAAAAGUUGAAAGAUGAUAAAAUUAAAAACGCUAUCAUCGUUAUGGAUAAUGACCCUUUCCAUCAUUCAGAGGAAAUAUUGUCGUUGGUUAAUGAAAAUCAUCAUUCAAUAAUGUUUCUACCGCCUUAUUCACCCUUUCUUAAUCCAAUCGAAAAAUUAUUCAGCCAGUUGAAGCAUCACGUUGAAAAGUUCAAACCAAAUGAUGCAGAUGAUGUUUUUACUGGUGUUGAGCUUGUUGCACAGGUGAUAAGUGAAAGCGAUUGUACCAAUUACUUCAAGUAUAUGAUGACUUAUUUGCCUCGAUGUAAAAACGUAGAAAUUAUUGAAAAUUAA